ACGAUGACAGUACACCCCAAGUUCAGCUGGUAUAUAGACCAGGCUCGACCUGCACCCCCUCUGAAUCCCCAGUGUACAUCCCAAGCCCACCAUGUCCUCCACCAUCUACCUCCUCACUGGCGCGAACCGCGGCAUCGGCCUCGGCCUCGCCAAACAAAUCGCCGCCCGCCCCGACACCAUCCUCUUCGCCGGCGCGCGCGACCCCGAGGGCGCCACCGACCUGCAAGCCCUCGCCGCUGCGCACCCCGGCCGGGUGCACGUCCUCAAGGUCGUCUCCGCCGACAAGGGGAACAACGCCGCCGCGGUGGAAGAAGUCAAGCGCUUGGCUGGCCGCCUGGACGUGGUCAUCGCGAACGCGGGCAUCAGCGACUGCUUCAAGCCUGCGCUCGAGGUGCCGCCUGAAGAAAUGAUUAGGCAUGUGGAGGUAAACACCAACGGCCCUCUCGUCCUCUUCCAAGCAACACACGAGCUGCUACGAAAGAGCGCCAAGCCGAAAUUCAUCGUCGUCUCCUCCGGCGUGGGCAGCAUCACCGUCGGCGCCACCCUCCCGGUCAACACGUACGCCUACGGCGCGUCCAAGGCCGCCGUCAACUGGGUGACGCGCAAGCUGCACCAUGACUUUCCUGACUUCAUAAUCUUCCCCAUCAACCCCGGCGGCGUCGACACCGACCUCGCGCACGACUCGCUCGCGCGCGACCCCGGCAUGAAAGGCCUGAUGGCCGCAUUCCCCAUGAUCACCGCGGAGGAGAGCGCGCAGGGCAUGCUCGAGCAGAUCGAUGUGGCGACGAGGGAGACGCACGGAGGGAACUUCGUUGAUUAUACGGGGUUGGGGAAGUGGGCGUGGUAAAUAUACGAAGUGGGCGUGGUAGGCAUCGGAUAAGAGCAGCAGGUGUCGUGCAGACCACGAAGUAAAUCCCCUGUGGUCGAUAGUAUGAGGCAGCUAUAGGAAGGAACGGAGAGGAAUAGGAAGAACCACACCUUUGCCGCAUAGGCCGGAGCGCCAUCUACCACGACCUUCGGGCGAGUCACGACAGAACACUAGCAUGAGCGCUCUAUCAGGAGUCAGAAGUCUCGGAACCGCC